AUGAAAUCUGAAGGUUUACAAGUUCCAAGUGAUGAGGGCACCUUGAUGAAAACACCUCAGUCUCAUGAAAUUGUUAAUAUGGAUAAUGGUUCAUACAUUCACUUUGGAUUAAAACAAAUGUUAACUCCAAUUUUAAAAAAGGAUUUCAAUAAAAUAGACUUUAAUAAUGUUUUAAAAUUAGGAAUAAAUAUAGAUGGCCUGCCAAUUUCAAAAAGUUCUAAAAAUCAGCUAUGGCCAAUAUUGUUAUCAAUAAUUAAUUGUAGUGAAUUAUCUAAUUUUGUAAUUCCAAUAGGGAUAUUUCAAGGAUUAACAAAACCAUCGUCAGUUACUGAAUACUUCCAUCCUUUUUUAUUGGAUAUUUCAAUAUUGUUAGAUAGUGGGCUUUGUGUAAAUGAUAAAAUAUUUAAAUUUGAGAUAGGUCAUAUUGUUUGUGAUUCUCCCGCUAAGGCAUUUUUAUUAAAUGUAAAAGGGCAUAAUGGUUAUUUUGGUUGUUCGUCAUGUACACAAGAGGGCAGGUAUUUACAAAACAUAAUGACAUAUUAUCCUGAUAUAGAUGCUCCAUUAAGAUCUAAUGAAAGUUUCCUUAAUAAGGUAAAUGAAGAAUAUCAUAAAGAUUACAUGCAUAAUAUAUGCCUUGGAAUCACUAAGAGACUUGUUGAGUUUUGUUUAAAGGGUAAAAAAGAUCUUCGACUAACCGAGGAAGAAAAUAGAAAACAAAUUACUGUUGACUUAUUAAAGCUUAGACCUUAUGUUCCAUCCGAAUUUAGCCGUCUACCAAGAGCAUUAGAAAAUAUAGAUUAUUAG